CAGAAGUAGCCGGGCAGGAGAGCUGAGACCAAGAUGAAGAAGUUUGUGGCAUUUUCCCUCUGUCUGGUCCUAUUGACCAUCUACACAGCAGAUGCAAACCCAAUCAUCAAGGAGAGCUAUGCUAAGCAACUUCUGCGGACCAAGAGGCAGAAGCCCGGCCACCCCGAUGAGCCAAUGAGGGAGCACUUGCUCCACAUGCAGGUUCUGGAUCAGAGGGCCCAGGAGACCAACCUGGAACACUGGCUGAACCCCCACUGCUACCCCCGCUGUGACAGGAACUAUGGACACCCUGUCUAAACCCCAGUGACCCCGCCUUGACUCCUCACAGCCCAGGUGAACAAUUUUCUGUGUGGUGGAAGGCGUUGACGGCAAGAAUAAUGUUGACGACUGUGAUGACGACAAUGAAAAUGAUGACUAUGAUAAUGAUAUGAGGGUGAAGCAAGGAGUGUAACUCUAUCACAUGUAUUUCAUGAUGAAGCCUCAGCAGGGAACAUUAGUGGCCAUCAGUAGAGACCAGCCAUAAGUGCAUGUUCAGUUUAUUUCAGCAACAUUAGCCUAUAGGAAACGUUAAAUUAUGUUAACAUCAUAGAGGACACUUGAUCAGUUUAUAUGUAGAUAUAGUUAUGAAAAAUGAUACAUUGUAUUAUGUAAAAAAUGUUUAAAAAACAAUAAUUGAAUAAAUAAUCUAAUACAAUAAAAAGAAUGCUGGAAA